UUACGGUAUAAAGGUACACUUGCCUGUGACAUGGAAUAGCGGUCGUCGAUGGGAACCAUAGCGUAGAUGUCUUCGAGAAGGAUGUCUGGAAGGCAGGCCCAUGGUCCUUGAUCCUCGUCCUCUUCCUCGAGACCCUUGCAGAUAUGAACGCGGGGACAGAAGGUCACCGCGUCGUUCGAGUAAAACUCUUCGGCGGUGUCUGGCAACUCCGUGUCUUCAGCGUCUUCAUUCAUCCUGGUUCCGUUGUCUGACGUUAGACGGGAUGAACAUACCUGAAGAACAUCAGACGCAUUCUGUAUGACCAGAUGCAUAACGAUUCUGAAAAAACAACCAUGUUUUCUCUGGUCUGGGUGUCCGCUUUCAUCGUGUCCGCUGUACCAGCAACGAAGAUUACCGAAGAGCAGAUGAAAGUGCUUCUCAUAACCCGUGCGCAAGAAGGCUUCCACGUCAGAUUCAACAAUCCUUUGCACCUCAACGGCCACCAUAGGAUGCGAGCUCUCAUCAAGGGACUCAAUAAUUUUACCCUUUUCACCAUCGUUGUGAAAUACCUGGACAACGACAUGAGCGGACUGUACCUGAAAGAUGCAGUGGGGGACGGACUAGGAGCUACGCGAAAUAUUAUCACGCAGGACGGCAGGUUGUUGCUGAAAACAGUCCAAGGUCUCAAUCGAACGGUCAUGGAAAGUGACCACAAUGUAACGCUAGAAGAAAAGACGCCGUACGUCAUUCAGUUCUACGCAUUGCCUCACCUUGGGGUUGACAUUGACGGCAUCGGGGUCCAGGGGAGAAUGUACCAGAACUUCCUACAGGAAUCGAUGGUACUCGAAACAUUUUGCUCCGGAAGCAUGGCGAUUUACGAGUACCAUCACACGUACCUGCCGACCGAACUUCAACCAGAAAACAACCCGAACGGUACCGAAGGCACAGUUGGGCCCCACAGCGUCUUCCUCAUCAACGAUACCCUCGAGUUCCCAGACACGGUGCAAUUGGGAGAAGGUGGCGUCAUCCGUCUACGCGGCAGAUUCAUGUUCGAGGGAAACACUACUGGACCCCCGGCGACGAUAUUCAUGGACGGCAAGAAGGUGGCCCUCAUCGAACCAUCUCCCAGCGUCAAAAUCGUCCUGAAACUCUUUCAUAAGAGGCUGCUCUUGGAAGUGGAGGACGUGCGCUUCAUUCAGCCACCGAAUGAAGUCAAAGAAUGGCAUUACGAUAAGAUCGGAAAGAUCUCCAUCAGCGAGGAAUUCAAGCCGUCAAACAUCGAAGUGUUCACCGAAGCCAACUACCUGGACCUGCGAAGGAACGACCCCGACACACACGACUGCCAGUGAGAGUCCCGAAUAAAUGUUUCGCGAGACUUUUUCUUCUUCUUCUUUUUUUUUUUUUUCAUUCCAUUUGGACUUUCGCCGCUUCCACGAGUCAAGAUCCAUCUACUGAGACAAACCAAGAACCCCCGCCCUUAAAAUCCACACUGUCAAAAUAAAUAAUACUUAGGCCUA